CGUGGAGGCAGCAUCAUGCUGCACCGCUGGAAGUAGCUGGAGGACCACCCAUGGAGAUUCCGCCUUCUCAACGUUCUCAAUGCUCCUAACACACACCAAGUAAACAGAAAUGCCUUCAAAGGUCAGCUGCUUAUACUUGUUGACGGUCGUUUGCUGGGCUAGCGCUCUCUGGUACCUGAGUCUGUCCCGUCCCUCCACCACUUACGUGGGCCAGCUGUCCAUCCCCAUCCGCCAGAAGACCAAGCUCACCAAGAAUGUGACCUUUAGCAAUAUACGGACUCGGCCGCUCAACCCGCACGCCUUCGCCUUUGUCAUCAACGAGCCCAAGAAGUGUGAGACGGUGGCACCUUUCUUAGUCAUCCUGAUCAGCACCACCCACAAGGAGUUUGACGCACGUCAAGCGAUUCGAGAGACGUGGGGCGACGAGAGCACGUUCGGCGAUGGCGUUCGCGUCCUCACACUCUUCCUGCUUGGGAGGAACACGGACCCGGUGCUCAACCAGAUGGUGGAACAGGAGAGCCAGAUCUUCCACGAUGUUGUGGUGGAGGACUUCAUAGACUCCUACCACAACCUCACCCUCAAGACCCUGAUGGGCUUGCGCUGGGUGGCCACCUUCUGCUCCAAGGCACAGUACGUCCUCAAGACGGACUCGGACAUCUUCGUCAACAUGGAGAACCUGGUCUACAACCUCCUCAAGCCCACCUCCAAGCCGCGGAGACGCUACUUCACGGGCUACGUCAUCAACGGAGGUCCGAUCAGAGACAUGCGCAGUAAGUGGUACAUGCCCAGAGACCUUUACCCUGAGGCUAAGUACCCGCCUUUCUGCUCGGGCACUGGGUACGUGUUCUCGGCGGAUGUGGCCGAGCUCAUCUACAAGACGUCCCUGCACACCAGACUGCUCCACCUGGAGGAUGUGUACGUGGGGCUGUGCCUUCGCAAGCUGGGCAUCCACCCCUUCCAAAACAGUGGCUUCAACCACUGGAAGAUGGCCUACAGUCUAUGCCGCUACAGACGGGUCGUAACGGUCCACCAGAUCUCCCCGGAGGAGAUGCACCGCAUCUGGAAUGACAUGACCAGCAAGAAACACCUCAAGUGUUAAUCAGCUACCUACAGUUAGUGCCAAUAUGAG